UCAUAUCUGCCUUAACAAUGGUAUUAUUGUUUUAUUUUGUCGCAGAGACAGUAGCCAUGCCUAUAUUCUUACAGAAAUCAGAUCCCACAAGGCACCAACUCAGCAGUAUCAAUGGUUGUAUUCAUUAUGCUAGUGAUCUUUUCUUUCUAUGGAUAAAGUCAGUUUUUGAUUUGGUAACCCUGAAUAUAUCAGAAUGGGGUGACAACUGGAGGAAGGUGUUUUACUGGACCCAAGAUGCCUUCAUGGAAUGCCUCUUCCUUAGAUAAUUUUUGAAACAUCUCAAAGAUGCUUAGGUCAGACUAAGACUUAUU